UUCAGUUUCAUUUCCCGCUCCCUCUUUUGCAAUAACUGAUAUAAACACGCCCAGUGUCUCACAGCCUGUAAAACUUGCUUGUGCACAUUAUGUGCUUUUCAUUUAGCAGAAUUCACUCCAUCAUAAUGCAGUGUCACAGACUGUGCCUCAAGGGGGAAAGAAAAAGUCUUAUUGUGAGAAGCAAGUCAUGAGCGAGAGAUCAGUCACAACAACGGAAUCUAAAUCCAAGUUUGGUUUCAGCAUUUAGACAUUAACAAUGGCAGCAAGUGCCAAAAGGCAAAGGCAAGAUGAUGCCUUCACUUUGCUUAUUCGGAUAUGUGAUGCGUUUGUCCGGACACCAGUGGGUAUCAUAAGCCCUAUCAUAAAAGCAAAAGCUUCAGUGCGUGUCUUUUACAGACUUCAAGGCCAUUUACUGGAGAGAAUACUUCGUGAAACAGGAGGAGGAUUUGGUUUGGAGUUAACUAAUAUCUUCUGGCGCUCACUUAAUGGACAUAGCCACAGAGACACUGAAGGCAAUAUAUUCAUAGAGUAUAAAGGAACCAAGCCUCUGGACACGGAUACAUUUGCCUUAUAUAAAAAUCAAUUAGAAAUAAAGUUGUUGAAAGAAUCAGGAAUAAGAAAUGUUCUAAUACAUCGAGUGGAGGAUCAGAAAACAGUUCCCCAGCCUUUAAUAACAGAGAUUGACUACAGGAUACAUAAAGUAACAUCUACAUAUCAACGUCAGUUGCCAGAAAAUGGAAACCUGGCAGAUACAGACUUGUACAACAUCCAAACACAGCUUGCAGAACUCCAUGAAGCCCCAAUUCAGGUGGCAGUAUUUUCACAUAAUGGUGUGGGGAAGAGUUUCCUUCUCAAUAUGUUGCUGCUACUGACAGAAGAAAACCAGGGAGAACUGGAGGCAAACGGCAUGAAGAAAAUUCAAACAUUACAAGGCAUUGAUGAACAUGCAACAAUUAGAACGGUGAAGGAUGAUUAUUAUACAGACCUGCCAGAAGCAAUCCAAGAUUUUAUUAAAGACCUGAAAGAUGAUGAUAGAAGCUUCAAGAACACAGUGAAAUCUAUCUGCCAUGAGUUAAGAUUUACAAAUCGAGAGGAAUUAAGAAAAAAUGCAGAUUCCUUUAGAAAUCUCGGGAGCUAUUUUACAGACCAGAAGAGGAUUAACAUUGAACCUUUUUUGUUGCCACAGAAAGAGGCAUGUAAUUCUUAUCAUUCCACAACAAAAUGUAUAUUUAAUCUAAGAUAUGGUGCGUCCUUUCAAAUGCGAGUGGAUUACCUGGAGAAGAAACAAAUACAAAAUCAGUUGUUUGAGCUGAAAUUUCUAGAGCUAGAAAUGAGAACAAAUGAAAUUGAUAAUUCUAUAAAAGAAAUGGCUUUUGAGUCACUUAAGGCACGAGCUUCUGUAUUAACUGAAUAUGACUUCUGUGAAAAUGAAGAGCAUGCACUCAGGGAUAUUCUGUGCACUAUAACCCAUCCUGAAGAUGUUAAAAUAUGCAAAGACGUUGAAGCAUUUGCAGGAAAAACAGAAAUAUAUCUUGGGAAAGGUGGAAAUGCAGCAGAAGAAAGGCUGGCUCUUCAGAAGCUCCUCCAAGAAUUUACAUUACAAAAUGAAAAUCCAUCUGACCUGAUGUGCAAAAAAAUUGCCGCAAUUAAAAGCAUUGUGGUUUAUGUGCCAAGCAAACUUCUGCAUAGUGGGAUAGACAUUUUGGAAAUGCCAGGAACUAACCAUUCUGACCCACUGGCGUUUAGCUUUAUACAAGAUGCUCUGGACACAGCGGAUGUCUUACUUCUGCUCUCUGAGUCUGCAUUUACCAUUACUGGACAAGAGGUUAAAUACAUACUUAAAAAUAGUGGUUUCUUUAAAAAUUGGAUAAAGGAUUCACAAGAAUAUAAACUGAUGUUCCUUUCCUAUCCAGAAAAGUAUCAGAACUUUCAGUUUGGAAAAGAUGACCUUGAAAAACUACAGAAGAUGGGAGGUGAAGAGGAAAGGAAAAGAAGAAGAAGAGAAUUACACGAGCUUUCUAGAAUAAUGAUCCCGAAUACUUUGCCCCCAAAUAUGGAAAGAAAUGUAGUUACUUCAUCAAUAUUACCGGUGUUAUACACAUCAAUUCAUGCACAAGAGGGAAUGCCACAUAAACUGGUAGAGGAAUAUGCAACAUUUUUACAAUAUACUGGAGUUAAAAGCUUAUUCGUCCAGCUUGAUAACUUUGUGCUAGAAAAAAAGAAAUUUCUUUUAGAAGAGCUUGAAAAUAAACUGACUGAUUUUGAAAAAAAGAAAUGGAAUGAAUUAAAUGAGGGACCCCAAAGCAGCGCUGGAUGUAGCCCACAAAAGCCAGAUAUUAAACAAGAAUCAUUUUUGAAGAAAAAUGAAGACCUUUUUGAUGACCUGAAAAAAACACAAGAAAAAAUAAUUAAUGACACAAUCAACUCUAAACUAAAAGAUUUAAUGCUACAGUUCACUGGAAAUGCCAUAAGGAUGUGGGCUGAAAAUGAGAGCAAAAUUACAGAUUCAGCAAUCUUCAAUCCAGAAUAUAAAGGCAAACAUACAGCUUUUAAGGUAAAAAUUCACGAUGUGCUGUUUGGUGAUCUCGCUGAAAAGUUAUCACCAGUUUUUCAGCAACUUAUUGAGGAACUAAAGAAUGUAUUUGAACAAUACAAGGAGAAGACAAUAGCAUUGUUUAGAAAGGAGCUAAAUGUCAACGGGAGGCCAAGUGCAGAGAAAAUUGGAGGUUCCUUGGAAUUUGCUUUGAAUUGGUUUUUAGGGGUAAGAAGAUCAUCUCUAAAUGAACAGACCUUACGGAGAUCUUUUGAGGACAAGUUUAAGGAGUGCUUAAUAAAGCACAUAUUGGAGCCUGCUUACACAGACAGCAUUGAGAACACAAAAAAAAGAAUGGAGAGUCAAAUUACAAUUGUAUCACAGAAAGUGAAAGAAUUAUUCUUAAAAAACAUACUUUCCCUUUACAAUGAGAGGUGGCCUAAAAAUCUUGCCAGAUACAUGGUCCGUGCCUGCGUCCCUAUUAGCCGUCCGGAAUGCACAUUCUGCGGAAAAAUAAGUUGUUCUAUUUGCAUGUACAUGGAAACCACUUCCACAUUUAUAAGCAGUAGAACUGGUAACGUCUAUAACAUAACAGAAAGACUAAGCUGUGUCACAAGCCAUGUGAUAUACCUGAUCACCUGCAAGAAGUGUAAGAUGCAGUAUGUGGGGAAAACAUCAAACUCCAUACGCCGCAGGUUUGUUGACCAUUUAUCUACAAUAAAUUGCAAGAAGGCCCUGUCUCUUCCUCAGCAUUUCCAUCUGCCUGGUCAUUCAACACAGGACAUAGCACUUACAGUCAUCGAAAGGGUCAGAAGCGACCAAAAUCUGCAGAAAAGGGAAAUGUUCUGGAUUCAAGAGCUGGACACACUGAGACCUAAUGGGCUGAAUGUGAAAAGUAAAUAGCUUAAUGUAUCAAACAUGUAACCUGCCAUUUGUAUUAGUAUAUUAGACUAAACUAGACUAAACUAUGAGGAAAUGGGGGGGGGGGAUAUCAGUAAAGGUUAAAGGGUAAACAUAUCACAUGCAAUUAUUACAUACUUUUGUUAAUGUUCAAAGUGCAAAUAUCAGGCAUUACAUUGUGAAUGUAGCAUCAUUUAAGACAUGGUAGCACACCUGUUAGAAAAACAUGUAUAUUUGAAUAAUGUUAAGAAUUGUAUUAAGUUAUGGAGAGACAGUACAGGGUUGCCAGUAAGGCCACAUUGCAUUAAUGUAUCUCCACCUAAAUAGCCAGCCUUAUGGUACAUACCACAAAGUUUUGCACAAUGCAUUGGCCACUUGUCAGUUUGAAAGCUAUGGACAAAAUGCAGGGAUCCCUUUAUCCACUUGCUUGAAUUCUGGAGACAAUAGUGGAAUUUUCAGUGCAUACUGAGGUACAUAUUCAAAUAACAUUGCCACUUUUGAUUUUUUUUUUGUUUUAAACUGGAUGGUGAUGUAGUGGCAGGGGCAGUAUGGGAAUGUCCAGGUGCUGGAAAAUGUCAUCGGGUGGCAGAACUCCAAAACCUUAACAGGAAUGGGGAAAAAAACCCAUGCCCAUCCUUACUUCACAAAUUAAACUAAUACUGGACGGAAGUAAGACAAUGAAGUCCUGUAUGAUAGUGUAACACUAUUUUGGGCUAUACAGGCCAACGGGGUUAAUCACCAGCUAGUGCACUAGAGCAUGGGUUACACGUGACUCUAACACUUCAGGCUAGGGCCUUCGCUACAUGGAAGAUUAAAUGUGUGGUUUAGUGUAACUACAACUCCCACAGGCUACUGUGCAAUAAAACAGGAAAAGAAUGGGUGCCAGGAGGUUCUUGCUGUCAAACAGAAUAAAACUUUUAUUUGUCAGAGACAAAUGAUCCACAGGGUUGUACUUACAAAGCCACAGAGGCCCCAGCAGAAAAACAUGACAUGAUUAGAACAUGUCCCUCAGAGACAACACAGUGGAACUCACUGAUAGUGUCACACCAGGAUAGAUACACCCUCAGGAUCUCAGCAUUGUGACCUGGAUCCCACACGUUGGAUUAGGGAACUCACCAGCCCUAAUUCCUAUUAGGUUGUGUCCCUAUACUACAGGCCGGUCUUGCCUGAGGGGAGAGCUACCUCCCUGUUAUCCCUCCUAGUUGGAGCCAAACUGCUCUUGCUACUUAACCUGCCUGUCUUACUCUCCUAGAGAGUCCUAUUACAGGUAGUAUCCUGUCACAUUCAUGGGGUUCUUGCUCCCCAUCUUAUCUCUCUAGAGGUACUUGUCCCUCUAGGGCACAUGGCUUUACUGGGCCUUGUUGUACCCAGGCUCCCU